UCGCUUUCCAAGAUACUUUUUUUAUCCAUAUCCAAAAAAUGGACCCUUCCUUGUGUUCGAUAUCCCCAGCCACUACUCCCCCGCCCAUCGUCCCCGUCGUCGCCCCCACCACCCAAACGAAGACGAUCGCCGGCGGUCUGCCUCCGAGUUUCAGCCAUCCUCCUUACUCCGACAUGAUAUGCGAGGCCAUCGGGGCUUUGAAAGAGAGCAACGGAUCUAGCAAAAAGGCCAUAGCUUCUGAUGUUUCAACCGGACCCAAACGAGGCCGCGGUCGUCCUCCUAAGCCCAAGGCCGCCGACUCCAACCCCCUGCAGCAGCCAGUUCCGUUUUCCGAUGUGCCUAAAAGGCUCCCCGGAAGGCCCAGAAAGAGUGCACCCAUGGCUCAACUUGGGGUUAUUCGGAGUCAGGGUCGGGGUCGCCCCGGUCGACCGAAGAAACGGAAGACGGUGAGGUCAGUGGUUGGAGCUAGUGCUAUGAAAAGAGGCCGUGGACGGCCUCCUAAGGCCUCGAUCCAGCUACCUCAACAGGCGGUCAUACCGAACUACGGUCAACCCGUGGCGGUACCUUAUGCUGAUUCUGCAGCUGUAACUGCUGAUAUUGGUGUUCCGAGGCCCAGAGGAAGGCCAAAGGGCACUGCUCGAGCUGCCGCCGUCGUGUCCCUUGGAAAACGGAGAGGUCGACCGCCCAAGAUCGCUGGAGUCACCGUUAAGCCCAUGAAAACAACCGGAAAGUCCGUUGGCCGCCCUAAGAAAGCAACUGAUGGAGCCAAAUCCGAAUCGAAGGCUUUAGCAGCAGCACAUGAAGACUUUAAGAAAAAACUCGAAUUCUUUCAACUGAAAGUGAGACAAGCAGUUGAAGCAUUGAAACCUCAGUUCACUAGUGAAAGCAACGGCAGUGCCGUUGAUGCAAUCCUGGAGUUAGAAGGACUUGUCGCAAUAAACAUUGCGAGCACACCAUGGAAAGCGGCCGAUGCUCAACCGCCACCACAGGCGGCAGGACAACCACCGGUAGCACAUGAUGAAGGGCAAGUGAUUUAAUCCUUUAUUUUCAUGUAUCUGUAGCAAAGACCUGUAGAAAUUAUUCUGACCUAGUGGAGGAGGAUGUUUCUGUAAAACGAAAUAAGUUUUUAGGUCUAAUUUGUUAAAGUUAAACCUUUUCAUGCUUUUGAUUCCCUC